GUGAAACUUGUUAUGUUUCGGUACUUUUUUAGAUUUUAGCGGCAGCAUAUCAUCCGCGCCGGCCUCGCUGUAGUAGUUAGAUCCGGUAGUGGCGGUUAGUGAGCGAGGCAGAUGGCGCCUCGGUUUAUAGCGAAUUUAGAGUAAAACACGGAUUUAAAGUCUUAUUUUAUCUUCAGGAUCGAGUUUACUCAGGUGAGUUGAAGAUGCCUCUACUCGGUAAGAUUGUGGUGAUCAAGCGAAACGGUGCAGAUGGGACAGAGUUUCCUCUCACAGCUUCCUGCCUGUUUGGAAGGAAGCUGGACUGUGAUAUUCGAAUUCAGCUGCCACAAGUGUCCAAAGAGCACUGCAGAAUUGAGCUGAAUGAAAAUAAAGAGCUUAUUUUGACCAACUUGAGCUCUGUGAAUCCAACUCGUAUCAACGGGGAGAUUUUGCAGCAGUCUGAACGUCUGAAGCAUGGUGAUCUAAUCACAGUUAUUGAUCGUUCUUUCAGGUUUGAGUACCCACCUCCACCGACACCAAAGAAAAAGAGAUUGUCCGCAUCUGAGAAAGGAGACACUGUCAAGGUGUUGCAAGAUCAACAGGUGAGGAGCACCCCUGGAUCUACAGACAAAAAGAAGUCAGAACACCCAGACACUUGUUUGAAAGAUGGAUCCAACCUGCCGUCUUCUCUGGACCAGAGCGUUGAGGUUACAAAGGGAGAUGGUAAACAGACAGACAGUACCAUGUCCCCCUUCACUGAGCUCUAUCAUAUGGUCAAACGAGAUCUGGCCUCCAAAUCACCGUGGAAAGCUGCAGCUCAGCCCAAGUCACCUCUUGCAAGACCUCAGGUCGACAAGGACGAAAACCCUAAAAAGGUUUUAGCCUCCCAUUCUAAUUUACCUAAUGAAAACGACAAGCCUGUGACCCCAAAAUCGGCUAAGAAGAAACGAAGAUCCUCAAAUGUCAAAGCUGUAGACAGCAGUGAGUCACUUGCAGCUGAAAGCUCGGUCACCGCGGAUGUAGUGGAGAACCCUUCCACAGAAGUACAAGUAGCCACACCAGCUGUUCAGGAAACUCCUGGAAAACAGAAGAGGCGUUCAUCAGGGCCUGUUACCCCCUUGACGGAGGUCCACACCACUCCUGUCUCUCAGAAGAAAACCCCUCAAGUGACGCCACAGAAAUUCAGUGCUGGUGAGGUGGCACAGCAAAUCCUGUUAAGUGCUGAGAAAACACCAAAGUCCCCAAAAAGUAGGAGAAGUGGGGCCUCUCAGCCACAGAGCCCAGUAGUGACCCCGAAAAGCCAGGCAACUCCUCAGACUUCCUCAAGCUCCAAGACUUCCACCAUGAGCCAAUCACAGACGCCAGUCAGAGAGCCAGAAGGAUCUGAGGCAAAGCACACCCCCAGGACAUCUCCGAGAGAAAACGCAGGCAAAAGGUUCCAAGUUCAAGAUGUAGUGCGUGAGAUUGUGACCACACCUGCUUCUCAUGACAAAGAUAAUGCGCAAGUCUCCAGUAAGAAGCAUAAGUGUAAGGAUUUACCUAUUCCUGUGCCCAAGAGGAAGCGGGUGUCCUUUGGUGGUCAGCUAAGCCCUGAACUGUUUGACAAACGUUUACCACCCAACUCCCCUCUCCGUCGAGGGGCAACCCCUGGAAGACGCAGCCUGGGUAUCUCUCAGAAACCCCAGUCUCUUCUUCGACGAGCAUCCACCAUUGGCUUAAUGAAUUUCCAGCUCGAUGAGACUGUUCCAGAGAGCCCAUCUAAGAAUGCAUCCCCUAGACGGGCAUCUUCUUCUGGUAAGAGUCCUAAGGCCUCACCAGGGAAGACUCCUUCUCCAGCAAAGAAAUCGCCCAGCACAAAGAGUAAAACUCCUUCUCCAAAAAAUAAAACAUCUCCCAAGACCGCUACACCAUCCUCAAGCCCUGCUACACCCAAGACCCCUAAAUCUGCUAAGAGUGUCUCAAAUACAUCGAUUAAGACACCUUUGUCAAGUGAUGGAUCAAUUCUCCAGACACCUACAGUGCAGGGUCGCUUUUCGAUCACACGGAUCCCCACCCCAUCACCCGAUAGAGAGGGCGUGAAAGCAAAAGUAGGUUCUGUCCCUGUUGUAGAUGUCUCUCAGGAGUGUGUGACGCCAAGGAACUCUCUGAGAAGGAGCAGCAUGAAGGCAUCAGCUCGGAAGACCCCUAAAAGUGCGCUGAAGAGUGCUUUUGAGGUUAUUCGUUCACGACGCAGUGGUGCUUCUCGUGCUAAUUUAAAAGUGGUCAGUUCCUGGGCUGACAUUGUGAAGUUCGGGCAGGUUAAACCUCAAGUGGAGUGUGGCAUUAAGAAAACCACUGUCAAACAAAAGGCAGCUAAGCAGACGAAAAUGACAAAACCCAAGACCCCUGCACGCAGACUGAAAGAUGUUAGCAGCACUGGACAUGCAGACUCUCCAGCCACAAUUGUCAUAGGCAAGGCCUCCAUGAGAGCUGUUCAGGCUGUUGGUGCAGCACCUAAAAUAGUACCCAACGUUGCGCUGUUCAAGAAGAAUAUGAAAAUGGAUGAGGAUCUUUCAGGUGUUGCGGACAUGUUCAAGACCCCAGCUAAGAGCAAACGGAAGAGUGUUAUUGACAACCCUGAUCAUCCAGAAACCCCACUUGGUGUUUCUACUAGUUCUCUGCCUGAAAUGUCAGGGAUGAACACUCCUGAGGAGUCUGGUGAAAUGCUGGUCUCUCCCAUGAGUGUUGCCUCCACUGCCAAACUUGGACGUUACAACAGUGAAGCUGUAACUCGUCUACUCCAGGGCGACCAGGACGUUAGUUUAAUUGAUGAAGAUGGUCCUCAGAUGGCUGACUCAAAUGAUCUUCCUGCCAAAGAAAUAAUCUCAGAGCUAGAGAUGCAUAGUGAUGGCCAGAUAGAGGAAAAGGAGGCAGAGCCUCAGAUAAUGGUCCAAACACCACAGCAGGAAUCGGAACCACUGGAAUGCCUUACAGGAGUCAAGAAACUCAUGAGGACCCCUAAACAGAGGUCUGAUCCUAUAGAAGACCUGAGAGGCAAGUUACUCAAGACACCCAAGGAGCCAAAACCAACUCAGGAGGAGAAUUUUGAAGGUGUUAAAGAACUCCUUAACACCCCAAAACAAAAGGGAACCCCUGUAGAUGACAUGGCUGGAUUAAAGAGGUUGAUAAAGACUCCUAAAGCAAAGAACAGCCCAGUGGUGUGUGCUGUAGGCUUAAAGAAGCUUAUGAAGACCCCCAAGGACAAGACUGAGCAAGAGGAAGACCUUACUGGAGUGAAACAGUUAAUGCAGACCCCCAAACUAAAGGGAGAGCCAGUAGAGCAUGCAUUUGGAGUGAAAAGAUUGAUGAAGACCCCUAAGCUGAAGAGCACACCUAUGGAAGAAGAUCUAACAGGCAUUCAGCAGAUGAUGAAGACUCCUAAGCAGAAGGGCAAACCUGUAGAAGAAGAUCUAACAGGCAUUGAGGAGAUGAUGAAGACUCCUAAGCAGAAGGGCAAACCUACCCCCAGGCAAAAAGGAGAGCCUGUUGAAAAUGAGUUUGGAAUCAGCACAUUGAUGAAGACCCCCAAGCAGAAAGGAGGCGAAGUGGAGGAGGAUUUUACUGGCCUUGCAGUGCUUGUUAUUGAACCAGUGAGCCAGUCAAUUCCUGAUGUUACUGAGACACCACAAAACGACGAUAGUGAAUCAGUUGAGAUACAGGAACCUUUGGCCUCUGAUGUUUUGGCUGUUGAAGAUGUUAAUGAGGAAUCUGAAGACAAAGAAAACAUCUGCCCCAUUGAGAGCAUGCAACAUGAAACCGAAGCAGCUGUUGCCGUCCCAACCAUUCCACUGGAGGAAGAAGUUAGCUCUGUUAAAAUGACGAAUCAUGAAGAGGAAAGAAACAUCCAGGAACAACCGGUCCAAGAGUCCUUGUCUGAAGCUGUCAGCCCAAUUGUAGAUGCCACGCCAUCUUUACCUACUCCUAAGAAAGAAGAAAAAGCCAAAAUAUCCUCUCCUGUUAAGAAGACUCCUCGUGGUGGUAGAGUGAAAACUGUACAAAAGUCCCAUAAGAUUGAUUCUGAUUCUCCUGCUGUGUCAGAAAGCCUGGAGGAAAAUACUGCUGUGGAAACUGUUCCUCCACUCUCUGCCCCUGUGAAAGGAAGAAGAGGUAAGAUUGUCAUUGAAGAGCCUGUCCCUAUGCCAAGUCCUGUUAGAAAGUCUGCCAGAGGAAGAGUUCCAAAGUGCCAAGUGGAGGACAUGGAAGUAAACCAUGCACAGGCUUUUAAACCAUCUGAAGAUGUCAAGCAAGUUUCUGAAUGUCCAUCUAUAGCAGUUAAACCCAGGAGGGGAAAGAAAACCCAACAAGAUGGUGGCGUUGAGUCAGUUUUGCAAGUACAUUCUGUUGCUGUUUCAGAAGCUACUGAACCAUCAGCAGAGGUAGAGGCCUCCUUGAAGUCACCAGCACCUGCUGCAAAAACAAAAAGGGGACGAAAAGGUAAACAAGAAACUGAGGUUCUACCGGUCGACCCUUUCUCCCCACAAGAGUCAAAUAUGCCUGAAGCUACAGUUGAGAAGGAGGAUGUUGCACCAGAGAGCACUGAACUUCAUUCGUCUGUAGAGACUGACGCUCCUGUUAAAACUAACACAAGAACAAGACGGGGCAGACCAAUGAAGAAAGACAGUCUGAAAACCAUGGAAGUUCAGGAAAUAGCUGAACCCACUCCAACUAAAGUGGAGUCAGACAUUACAAGUUCUGAUGCUGCAGUUGUGGCUGAUGAACUCCCACAAAUGCCAGUAGUGAUGCCAGUGAAGCCAGGACGUGGAAGGAGGGUAAAACCAGGUGCUUUGAAAGACCUGCCAGUGGUUGAUGAGCCCAAGGAUGAUGUUGAGCCUGAGGUGGUUGAAUCUGAACAGAAGCCAGCACUGCCUGAGGUAAGUGAGGAUGUUCAUGACCAUCCUGUCACUGCAGAGACCAGUGCAGCAGUCACAGAGACAGAGGGACAUGUGGGCACCAUGGUGAAAAAUGUCAGAGGAGGCAGACGGACAAAGCAGCCAAAAGCAGCUCAGGUAUCAGAAGAUACUCAGGAAAAUGUUGAGGAUAAGUCUGAAGUUGACCUUGCCACUGGAGAACAGUCUGAGACCCCAGUCAUUAAGUCUGUGCGAGGGAAAAGGACAGCUGUUGUCAGGAGUGAACCUGAAGGUCCUGUCAAAAGAGGACGCCGUGCUGCUGCAGUUGCUGAGGUGCCUCCUCCUGUUGCCAAGCCUAGUCGUGGCAGAAAAGCUGCUGUAAAGACAGAGCAAGAGGAAGUUCCAGAGGAUGCCACUGCAGCAGCAGAACCAGCCAAGCACACCAGCAAGGCUGCGACACUGUUGGAGUCCGAGCCUGUUGAAACUCCAGUUUCCCAGGCAAGCUCUGAUGUGGCAGUGUGUGAUGAUGUUGAAGACAUUGCUGAGGUACCAGCUAAGAGAGGAAGAGGGAGAUAUGCUAAAAAAGCAAAGGCUUUAGCAAAUUCUGUCAACAAAGCUGAAGAUCCAACAGUUGAAGAAGCUGGUUUCAAAAGCAAAAGGAAUACUUCCAAGAAAGCGGUCAAUUGGAAUUCUGAUCUAGUGGCCUGUAAGAACAUUGAAGAGAUGGAGCCUCCUGCAGCUGAUGAAGAACCUCAACAGAAGAAAGAAAAACUUCCAGAAAGAAAGCUGAACCUGCAGCUAAGCCUUCUACAGAAGAUACCUCAGUCUCAGAACUCCCAACCAAAGGCCGCAGAGGGAGGGCUGGCAAAAAAACAAGAUGAACCACUGGAGAAGUCUAGUACAGCUGCCGAGGAAGAAUCUGAACAGCAGAAGUCCAAAAAGAAAGCUGAGCCUGAAGCCAAGGACGCUGAAGACACCUCAGUCUCUGAGACCAAGCAGUCUGUGGAUCCACCAGCCAAAGGCCGCAGAGGAAGAACGGCAAAGAAACAAGAUGAACCACUGGAGAAGUCAGAGACAGCUGCUGAGGAAGAAUCUGAACCGCAAAAGUCCAAAAAGAAAGCCGAGUCUGAAGCUAAGGACACUGAAGACACCUCAGUCUCUGAGACCAAGCAGUCUGUGGAUCUACCAGCCAAAGGCCGCAGAGGAAGAGUGGCGAAAAAACAAGAUGAACCACUCGUGGAGAAGUCUGAGAAAUCCGCUGAGGAAAACGCCCCAGUGGUCAGGAGAGGAAGAGCAGGUGCAUCAUUAGUUUCCAAACCGAAUGAAGUGGCAGCCUGUCCAAAAAGGGGUAGCAAAAGAAAGGAGAUUGAAGUUGAAGCUGAUGAAACGCAGAGUGUGGAGUCCUUGCCAAAGAGACGGAAAGGCAAAGCAGUCAGCGCCGAACCUCAACCAGAAGAGGCUGCACCUAGCAAAGGAAGGAGGGCAGCAGCCAAGGAGGCGGCAGAGGAAACCCCUGAAGCGGAAUUGGAGCAAAGUGAACCAGCUACUAAAAAGAACGAAAACAAACCUGUAAGGGGCAAGAGAAAGGCAGCUCAGGAAGAUUCUGUGCCUGCACAGUCUGAGGAUCCUGUCUCAGAACCCACCACUCGACGAGGGACUAGAGGUCAGAAGAAAACAGAAACGGACACCCCUUCAGCUCCUGUGAGGCGGACAAGGAGGAAGUGAAGCACUGAUCUUGAAGAUUAGUUGUAAAUAUUCAAAUUAAAAGUCUGUUUUUAUAUAUCGGGACUAUACAAUUAUGAUAGCGUUUUACUGUUUUUCUUCAGGUUUAACUGUUUUUAUUGUUAAACUGUUUAUUUUAUUGUUUAAAAAAAGACUGAUUUUUCUAAUGGCAUUUUUCAAAAAUUAAGAUUUAUUUUUUUAAGCUUGAACUGAUCGGGGCAUUAAAAGCUUUGCUUUUUGUGUCUUUUGGGUCACCCAGACCCGCUCAAGUUUCCAUUCUUGCUUGAAAAUGUCAAUGGUUCUUUCUUUUUGUUUUUGGUUUUCCACAUAUUCUCUUUCCCUUAAAUUUUAAGUAGCGUCUGGUGUUUUGUUAAAAAAAAAAAUAAAAACACAAUUUGAGGGUUAGUAAACAAGUGUUCUUACAGUCACCAACUGCAUAUCGAUGUCGGAAGAAAACCUUGUAUCUCCAAAAUGGUAACUUUACAGAAGAAGGAAAUAAACUAUUUUGCUUUUAAUGUAAGUCAAUGGAACCACAGUUUUUCAAAGUAAUUCUGGUCCAUUUCUUUUAGUCCAUUCGUCAUGAAAUUUGUACACAAUGUAAAGGGUAACGUAUUUCCAAAUUGUCAAAAACUGAUAAACGCCAAAAAUGGAGAUACAAGGUUUUCUUCCAACAACAGCGGAUAUGUUAGAGUAGUUUCACUGUAGUGUGCCCUACAUUUUAAUUGCAGCUUUGGAAACAAGUUGUUUACCUCAAUAAACUCCAUCAUAUUG